GGGGUCUGUGUGUGGCUGUGUGUGUGUGGGGGGGGUCUCACCCAGCGAUAAUGGGUCGGAAGGUGACAUUGGCCGCCUGUUCACUGAACCAGUGGGCGUUGGAUUUUGAUGGUAACCUGCAAAGGAUUUUGAGAAGUAUCGAAAUAGCAAAGUCAAAAGGAGCAAAGUACAGACUUGGACCUGAACUGGAAAUCUGUGGGUAUGGCUGUUCUGAUCACUACUUUGAAUCCGAUACUCUGCUUCACUCAUUUCAAGUUCUGGCAGAGCUUUUGGCUUCUCCCAUCACUCAGGACAUAAUCUGUGACGUUGGAAUGCCUGUCAUGCACAAGAAUAUCCGUUACAACUGCAGGAUCAUCUUUCUGAACAAGAAGAUUGUCUUAAUAAGACCAAAGCUGAUAAUGGCAAAGAAUGGUAACUACAGAGAGUUCCGUUGGUUCACCCCAUGGACACCAAGGAGGGUAGAAGAAUAUUUUCUUCCAAGAAUGAUCCGUGUGGUGACUGAACAGGAUACUGUCCCGUUUGGUGAUGCUGUCAUUGCAACAAAGGACACCUGCAUUGGAACUGAAAUCUGUGAGGAGCUUUGGAUUCCAGAUAAUCCCCAUGUGUCCAUGGGCCUGGAUGGAGUGGAGAUAUUUACAAAUUCAUCAGCCAGCCACUAUGAGCUUCGGAAAGAUCACAGCAGGUUGGAGAGAGUUAAAUCAGCCACGGCAAAGAAUGGCGGUAUCUACGUCUACGCCAACCAGAAGGGCUGUGACGGGGAUCGAUUGUACUACGAUGGCUGCCCCACCAUUUCUGCGAACGGACAUCUUGUGGCUCAGGGACACCAGUUUUCGCUGGAGGACGUGGAAGUUAUAACCGCCAUGCUGGAUCUAGAAGAUGUCAGAACCUAUCGUGGAGAACUUCCUUCUCGAAAUAUCUUGGCAGGUCAAGUAGAGCCCUAUCACAGGGUGAAAAUAGACUUUGCACUGUCCUUGGAUGAUGACAUUGGUGCACCUUCCAUUGAACCCAUUCAGAGUCUAAGCCAUACUCCAGAGGAAGAAAUUAGUCUAGGUCCCGCCUGUUGGCUCUGGGAUUACCUGCGGCGUAGUUCACAGGCCGGUUUCCUACUACCUCUGAGUGGAGGCAUUGACAGCUCAGCCACAGCCUGCAUCGUCUAUUCCAUGUGUCGACAAGUGUGCCUCGCUGCAGAUAAUGGAAAUCAACAGGUGAUAGAAGAUGCCCGGAAGAUAGUGAAUGAUCCCAAUUACGUUCCCAAAGAUCCGAGGGAAUUUUGUCGGCAGGUCUUCACCACUUGCUACAUGGCCAGUGAAAACUCUUCGCAAGACACUUGCAAUCGGGCCAAAGAGUUGGCGGACCAAAUAGGCAGUUACCACCUAAACAUGAACAUUGACACGGCAGUGAAGGCUAUGAUUGGAAUUUUCAGUCUGGUGACGGGAAAAUCUCCCCAGUUCACGGUGCACGGUGGCUGCACAAGAGAGAAUUUGGCCCUACAGAAUGUGCAGGCUAGGAUCCGCAUGGUUCUCGCCUACCUUUUUGCCCAGUUGAGGCUGUGGUCUUGUGGGAGACCAGGAGGACUGCUCGUGCUUGGAUCAGCCAAUGUGGAUGAAAGUCUCCGAGGAUACAUGACCAAGUAUGAUUGCUCCAGCGCAGAUAUCAAUCCAAUCGGUGGGAUCAGUAAGAUGGAUCUGAAGAACUUUAUACAAUAUUGUAUUGAAAACUUUCAGCUCACAGCAUUGAGAAAAAUUAUCUCAGCUCCCCCGACUGCAGAGCUGGAACCACUAGCCAAUGGCCAAGUAUCACAGACUGAUGAGGCUGAUAUGGGAAUGACGUACGCUGAACUGUCGGUCUAUGGUAAACUGAGGAAGAUCGCCAAGUGUGGUCCUUACAGCAUGUUCUGUAAAUUAAUCCACACGUGGAACAGCAUCUGCACUCCCAGACAGGUGGCCGAGAAGGUGAAGCAUUUCUUCCGGAUGUAUGCCAUUAACCGACACAAGAUGACUGUUCUGACUCCGGCUUAUCACGCGGAACAAUACAGUCCUGACGACAAUCGGUUUGAUCUCCGUCCAUUUCUCUACAACACAAACUGGUCCUGGCAGUUCAGGAGCAUUGAUACCCAGGUCUCAAAGCUUGAAAGCAGACAGCAAGCGAACCUUUCUGAUGUCGCAACUAACGAGUUGGAUUGAUACAACUAUCUGAGAUUUAAGCACCUCCGCUCUCCCCCGCGCCCCCUCCCACACCCGCCCCCCCCCCCCAUGUCUGGAGCUGCUUAAAACUGAUAACAUUGUACAGUAUAUUGUUCCCUGAGAGGUGCAUGGCAAAAAAAAGCGACUGUUUUAAGAGCUUUUCCCCAAUUCAGACCUUUUGGGAGUGGGGGGGGACGGAGUUCUAUCUUAAACUGAUCAUUAAAAAAAACGAAAUCUGUUCUUGGUAUCUUUUCAAUGGGGAAAUCCGUUCCGUAAAGACGUAAUAGUGGACUAUAAUUCGCUAUAAGGGUAAGGUAACUGCCGUGGUAUGAUUGUUGGGACAGAAGCAACGCAGUCAUAUAUUUUAGAUUCGUUGAUUGUCACAAGUCGGUCAAUCGGGGAAGCUCUGCAAUGGGACAUGGUGUGGGUUAACCUGUUAAACUCCCACUGUAUGCCCACGCAAGCUCUGGAAUCCCCCAAGCCUUGACUCUCGCCAGCAUGAACUCUACGGAAUGAAAUACAAUGCAAAAUAACACUUGUAUAGCGCCUUUCAGGAGGGCAGAUAAGCAGAAUGCGACUCUCAGGGGAGAGUGGGCGCGCACUGUACCAAACGGCCAAACAGAAGCCGUAUUUAUUCUCGGGAGUUCUGAAACUUUCGAGACUCUUAAGCACAAUAAUGCGUCUCUCUGUAUGUUGCUGUUCACUUGCCUGACUGCAAAAUUGACUAGCAUGUUAUUAACAAUAUGUGGCAACCAUUUUACUCAGGCUUAUUGCUGCAGGAUUAUAUUGAUUAAUGAAAACUCAAAAGAACCCCUCGUGGCUACUAACGAGUCAGAAAAAAACAGUGACGUUCACCUCUUGGAAUUCCUGCCUGAAAACACCUACAGAGCACAUCUAGUGCGAUGUUACCAUCGUUUUUCAGGUUGGAACAAAACAGAAGCAAGGAGAUUUCUUUACCUUCUUCUGAAGGGAAGAAUAAAAGCUUUUUAAAUGAA